CGAGGCGGCGAGGUCAAAGGUCGGGGCAGUAGCAGCAGCAGCAGCUGAUCGUGAUGCUGCUGAGUUGUUCCGGGAAGGAGAGGACCCCUCCACUUCAUCAAGAAGAACCAGCCCACCAGCCAAGCAACAUUCAGGGCCCUGAUUUUCCUUGAAGCCCUGCUCCCCCACACCCCCCUCCACCCCCAUCCACCCACGCUCUCUAAUUUACAGAUCCGCAGCUCUCUUAACUUCCUCUUGGGGAUCCCAACUCCUCGUUAAAGCACCCCCCCCGCCCCCAGCUGCCCCGCACUCCGCUCCUCCGAGUCCGUGUAGUGCCCCCCCUACCAACCCAUUUUGAACGCGUGCUUCACACGCGACCAUGACGGGUCCUUUUUUCAAGAACGUCAAGAACCAAUAUGGCGGCGCUGGCAACGGCGGCGAUGAUGGUGGCGACGGUGCCGACGGUGGGAACGAUGCCGCGCCGCUGCUGCUGCUGCCGCUUCCUCGUGUCGGCGGCGAACAGACGACGACGAUGACGGCGACGGCGGCGGCGAUGGCGGUGACCUCCUCGGUAGUGCGGAGGCGCUUGCUGGCGGUGCUGGCGGUGGUGCUGGUGCUGCUGCUGGCGGUGAACGUGUGCGUGGUGUGGUCCGAAUACAAGUCGUCACGGCCGUUCCGCCCACCAGCACCUGCACGCCCACGACCAGGCAACGCUUCAUCGACAUCAUCAUCCACAUCAUCUUCAUCAUCAUCGUCGUGCUCGUCCGUCGCCGAGUCCUGGCGCUUCGACUGCUAUCCAGAACGAGGCGCCGUGGUGACGGAGGCUAUGUGCGCCGCCCGCAACUGCUGCUACGUUCCCGUGGUGACCGGAGAGGGUGACAGCAACGGCGGUAGCCGCGGCGACGGCAUCGGCGUGCCGUGGUGCUUCUACGGGCCGGGCUAUGGCCUGUACGUGGCGCCGGCGGGCGGCUGGGUGGAGACGGCGCUGGGCAUGGAGGGCAACCUGACGCUGGUGGCGCGGAGCCCCUACCCGCGCGACGUCGCCACCGUGCGGCUCAGCGUCGCCAUGGAAACCGACAGCCGCCUGCGCAUACGGCUGACGGACGCGUCGGCGCCGCGCUUCGAGGUGCCGGUGUCGGUGCCGAACGUGUCGCGCCGCGCGCCCAGCCAGCUGUACCGCGUGGAGCUCACGCAGGAGCCGCCCGGCAUCCUCGUCGUACGCCGCUCCACCGGCGCCGUGCUGAUCAACACCACGGUGGCGCCGCUCGUGUUUGCCGACCAGUUCCUGUCCCUGUCGACGCGGCUGCCCUCGACGCAGAUCUACGGGCUCGGGGAGCACCGCGCCGGCCUCCGCCAAAACGUGAACUGGAACCGGCUGUCGUUCUGGGCACGGGACAACCCUCCGACGGAGUCGACGAACCUGUACGGUGCCCAUCCAUUCUACCUGGCCCUGGAGGCCGGCGGAGCGGCACACGGAGUCUUCCUGCUCAACAGCAACGCCAUGGAUGUGGUGCUGCAGCCGGCGCCGGCCGUGACGUGGCGGACGAUCGGAGGCAUCCUCGACCUCUACGUGUUGCUCGGGCCCACCCCCGACGCCGUCGUGCAGCAGUACACCGAGGUCGUAGGGCGACCGGCCUUGCCCCCGUACUGGGCCCUGGGCUUCCACCUGUGCCGCUGGGGCUACAACAGCAGCGACGGCACCAUGAGCACCGUGCGCGCCAUGAGGGCGGCAGGGAUCCCGCAGGAUGCGCAGUGGAACGAUAUUGAGUACAUGCACAAGCGUCUCGUGUUCACGUACGACACGAAGGCCUUCGCGAGCCUCCCGGCCAUGGUGCAAGACCUGCACGCGCACGGCCAGAAAUACGUCGUCAUCUUGGACCCGGGGGUGAGCAGCUCCCAGCCGCGUGGCACGUACCCAGCGUUCGACGUCGCGCUCGCGAGCGGCCUCUUCAUCAACAACACCGACGGCACCGCUCCUCUCAUCGGAAAGGUGUGGCCGGGCGAGACUGCGUUCCCCGACUUCACGAACCGUGCGACGCGCCGCUGGUGGUUGGAGAACCUCAAGUCCCUGCACGACCUCGUGCCCUUCGACGGGCUAUGGAUUGACAUGAAUGAGCCAUCUAACUUCGUGGAUGGCUCGGUGGACGGAUGUCCCAAUAACGAGCUGGAGAACCCACCCUACACUCCUGCCGUGCAGGGAGACUCUCUGAAGGCAAAGACGAUCUGCGCGUCUGCGCGGCAGUCCAUCUCCUCCCACUACAACCUGCACAACCUGUACGGGCUCACCGAGGCCAUGGUCUCCUACAGUGCAAUGGAGGAGCUCAGGGGCAGGAGGCCGCUGAUCAUCUCCCGCUCCACCUUCCCGAGCCACGGCCACUACGCGGGCCACUGGCUUGGAGACAACCGAAGCACGUGGAAGGACCUGGCCUGCUCCAUAGCCGGCGUCCUGAACUUCAACCUCUUCGGCGUGCCGCUGGUGGGAGCCGACAUCUGUGGCUUUAAUGGCGACACCAACGAGGAGCUGUGCGUGCGGUGGAUGCAGCUCGGAGCCUUCUACCCCUUCUCCCGCAACCACAACACCAUCGGCGCCGCCCCCCAGGACCCCACGGUGUUCUCGGCCGCUGCUCAGGCUGCGAUGCGGCGAGCGCUCCUCACGCGCUACUCGCUGCUGCCCCUCCUGUACUCGCUCUUCAUGGGCGCUCACCAGAGCGGAAGCACCGUGGCACGGCCUCUCUUCUUCGAGUUUCCGCAUGACGAGCAGGCGUACGCCAUCGACCGGCAGCUGCUGUGGGGGCCGGCGCUCCUCGUCUCGCCGGCGCUGGAGGAAGGCGCACGGUCCGUGCAGGCCUACCUUCCGGCCGGCACGUGGUACGACUUCUACACGGGAUCGGCGAUCCGGAGCAAAGGGGAGAACUUCACCCUCGACGCUCCGCUCGACAAAAUCAACCUGCACCUGCGCGCCGGCUUCAUCGUGCCCCAACAGGUCCCUGACACGACGAGCAGUGCGAGUCGCGGGAAUCCCCUGGGCAUCGUGGCUGCGCUACGGCCACCGGACUCCGACGAGGGUGACAAUGGCGGAGAGGAAGAGGAGGCCCAAGGGGACCUCUUCUGGGAUGACGGGGACACCCCAGGGCCCCUGCAGAGCGGCCGAUACUGGGCCCUCAAGUUCAAGGUCACGCAGGGCACGCUGCACUCCACCGUGCUGCAUGCCGCACCCGGCACUCCACUGCCCCCGCUCGGCUCCGUCUCCGUGAUGGGCGUCCCCCGGCGCCCCAACCGCGUACGCCUCAACGGAGGCGACGUCUCCUUCUCCUACACCAACACCACGCAGGUGUUGUCCGUGUCGAACCUCACCGUGCCACUGUCCGAGGCCGUCACGUUGGAGUGGCAGUGAAGACACGCGCGCAAGCAGAUGCGCGUAACGCACAAAUACGCGCACACACGCCUACACACACACCCCUACACACACUCCUACACACGCACCUACACACACCCCUACACACACCCCUACACACGCACCUACACACACCCCUACACACACACCCCUACACACACCCCUACACACGCACCUACAAACACCCCUACACACACACCUACACACACACCCCUACACACACGCCUACACACACACCCGUACACACACCCCUACACACACACCCCUACACACACGCCUACACACACACACCCCUACACACACUCCUACACACGCACCUACACACGCACCUACACACGCACCUACACACACCCCUACACACACACUUACACACACAACUACACACACCCCUACACACACUCCUACACACACACCUACACACACAACUACACACACCCCUACACACACACCUACACACACACCUCUCCACACCCCUACACGCAACCCCAAACAAACACCUACACGCACACCUACACACACACCUACACACACCCCUACACACACAUUGAUACCCGCAUACACGCGCACGGACACACACGCACCUACACGCGCACAGACACACGCACCUUCACUCGCACGGAACUGAAAUUCUCUAUCGUCGUGUAUGGCAAGGUGCCACGAGCACGUUAAGCUUGGAUAUAUGAACCUUAUGGCAGGACCCCGGGGUCCCGAAUGAACGGAAGUCACAACAGUAAAUAAUGUAUUUAUUUUGGGCGCCUCCGUCCCACCACGCACAUAAACGCCGCGACCCACCUGGCGCGGAUCUUUCUGUUGUCGUGUCGUCGUCCAAGCGCAGCGGCAGCGAGGACGAAUGCGCACAAGAGCUGAACUAGCGAAUGCUGCACUCCAUGCUCGGGUAUGGGCAGGAUCAUAAGUCUUAUCCAAAGCUGCUCAAACUGCCUACACGACUUAAGUCCUUUAUUUGUCAUCACGGGAUGCAUAAUACAGUGAAACUGCUCUCUUCAUUAUUAUUUGUGACCUACCAAUCUCUGCAGCCAGGAUCAAUCGAUGACAAUCCUAUUACCUGCAGAUAUUUAACAGAUGAAAUGCGUUGCACCGUUAAUUCCUCCUGUUUGAUAAUACUUCUCUUGUCCGUAUGCAUCUGUGCAAAUAGGUUUUUUUUGCGGUUAAGCCAUAGUCCCCACAUACCGCUCGUAUCAACGCGGAUUAGAGGAGCGGAGACUCACUACUCUGUAGAGUAACAUCGGUAUAAACGCUUGUUACAAUAUGAACAGCGCAUUGUAAACGCGUACUAUUUUAUGUACUGUUUACAAAGCGUGUUCACAAAUCCACACUGAGAAACGCGAUGAUUGACAGAGUGUAUUCAGUUUUAAAGGCAUAGCGUAACAAGACAACACUUGCCAACAUCCUUUAAAAGAGCAAAGUUUUUGUUCACAUUACAAUAUAAUGUUUAUGCGAGAGCCGGGGGCUUAUGGGACCCCGGGGUCCCGCCAUAAGGUUCAUACAAACACACACGACUCUGUCGUACGUUCGUACGGUACGAAUAGCCGAACUACGGCAGCGUUUCAGCGGCACGCAUGCCCACCUCUUCCAAGGACGAGUCGGGCGGGGCACACAGCACGUAGAGUUCACUCUGGCGGAGGGCCCUUCUGGCAGCAGUGACGUGAGCAAAGCAGUUGCAGGGACCGUACCCCGAUAUACACGCACCUGUGUGUGUUCAAACAGAGCGGUGGCGCAGCGGUUAGCGCGCUCCGCUACGAAUCCAGCGACCUGUGUUCGAUUCCCGCUCACGGCCAACACCAACAAUGAUCUGAAUCAGUCAUGGGCCUCGCCUAGCUCGACUAGGCCUCAAAUGAGUACCCGUUGCGGUAUUUAAGCAUCGCCACUGGAGAGACAAAGGCGGCCGGGCGUGGCGCUGGACACCCAGCCCCUCAUGUGCCAUGCCGGCCUUCAUAGGUGCUCGCUAACAGCACUUGCUCCAACAGUCUGUUAAGGCGAUACAGGGGAUCUUUGUUAUGCAUACCUCAGUACGCGACCUUCAACACUUCAUACCCAGCCCCCACCACCCUCCAUCCAUACACAGGUCUUGGAAGGCAUUUUAGAUAACGGCACACUGUGAAUCACUCCACCAUCACUGCAUGGCUACUUUGACUCUCAGUCUCAGAGCAAAGAGGGCGUGAGAGCAAAAGUAGGAGAGGGAGGUGUUGCAAGAGAGAAGGAAGCAUUAAAAUGUCGAGUAAGAAGAUUAAUUACACUGGUCAACAAAAUAAAAACAUUUUUUUCUGGCCUGGACUUUUGCAGCUGUUUUAAACUAAUUUCACAGGGUGCUGAUUCCAAAUCUGAUCUCAGAUUUGCUCUAUCACAUCUCAUUUUAUGCUAUCGGCAUACCCCAUUUUCAUUUAUUUUACCCGGAAUUAACUCACUUUUGAUUGCAAGUUGUUGCGAGUCAGUGACUGCUUUAAUGUUAAAAUAUGGUGCCGUAUUUUUAGGAUAGUGUGUUUAUAAUAUCAUUUUAUGUAGAUAUCCACAUUUAUUUAAUAUUUUUCUUCCGCAGUUUUUAUUGAAAAUGCAAUAUUUGAUAUCUCAAAAACCUGAUGUGAUAGACAAAAACUGAUGCCAGAUUUGGAAUCAGCACAUUAAAACCGUUGGAAUACCUUAUGCCAGAAAAAGUGUGUUGACCAGUGUAAGCAAACGACAUGCCUCCUCCCAUAUCUUGCCAUGCCAGUCUUUUUAACACACCUAAUCGGCUGCACGGCCUCCUUGGAGUGCGUCAUUUCAGCGGCGUUGGUAUCGAUGCAAGCAAACUCCGGACCGGUUUCGACGUUCCCUGUCUCGCCAGCAGAGCCAGGCUCGCUUGAACCAAUUGCUGCUGAAGUGGUCACGCACGUGCGCGGUACGUCCUGCUCGUUUUUAGCGGCAUCAGGUGAGCGGGUAUUUAAGCGUCUACCGUGAAGCAGACUUGCGCGUAGUGUGUUAUGGUCGAUGGUUAAAAGACACCCCGCUGAGUGGGCCGCGUCACUUUAUUGCUUUCGCGAUUACUCUUUAAAAAAAUAAUAAUGAGGUUCGAUUGAGGCUCGCAAACGACAUCGCUCGCCUGUAGCCGUGGCUGUGUUUUGUGAUCUGACUGCAUGAGCUGCUGCCACGCCGAGCAUCAAGCAAACCUGCUGGCAUCAAUUCCUCCGGUAAUUUAUUUCGGAGUUGCGCCGUCAUUUUAAAUUAGCCGCUUGCUCGUCCUUUUGACGCGUCCGUCCAUCCACCCAUCCCCUCUGUCCCUCUCUUCUACCAACCAGCCAGCCAGCCAGCCAGCCAAACUUUUGUCUGAUGUAGUCGAUGAUACACGGCCGGGGUGGAGGGUGGCCGAGCGGGGUGGGGGGCGCGAUGCACGAACGCGGCUCAACGCUGUGGGGGGAUGCAGGUGGCAUCACCAUCGCACACAUGGCCCCCCCCCGCAAGGCAGCCAGGUGGCCCAGGAAUGCAGCCAGCAAGCCACUGGAUGAAGGCCACCCACCCUAUGCCGUGUCUCAUCUAAAAUGUUAAGUAAUUAUUUUUCGAGCAACUACUAGGACAUGCAUCUGGUAGUUAGGAAGGGUAACCAGAUUAACACAGGAACAACAGAGUAAUAGGAUUACUUGUAAAAUUGGUCAAAUGAUUACGACACUGGCUGUACAUGGUAGAGGCACUGUGUAAUUCGUAAGUGUGAGCAUUUGUUUUUGCACUCUUAACAGUCCUGUCCAUCACAAAUAUGCAUGUGUGUGUAUUUAGCACAGAGUGGCUGUUUUAUAGAACUAAAUCCCGUAUACUGUGUGUAUACAUACAUAUGAUGAAACGAAAGAUGUUACAUUUUAAAGCUGGGAGGAAACGUUCGGUUAACAACCGAUUGGCGCCGAACACCACCCAAGUUAUUGAGUGAUCUUCGGCAAACUCGCAUCAGCGUCGUGAUGUUUGGCAGUCACUGGCCAGUUGUGAUUGUCAUGAGAGUAAGACGCAACGGAAUGUGCACAUCUUUUUGGUUCUUUCGGUAAAGUCACGUAGAAGGGAAAUAAUAACAUUUUAAAGCUAUUAUAUUAUUUUAUUAUAUUAUUUUAUUAUGUUUUAUUUUUAUUAUUUUAUUACUUCCCUUCUACGUGACUUUACCGAAAGAACCAAGAAGAUAAAUCCCUGCAGUCACGAAAGCUUUAAAUCGGAAUGUGCACAGUUUCGCAAAAGUUUGAGCGCGACUCGGAGGCUCGCUGGCCGGAACGGCUGUGCGUCGCCUCGGUGUUCAUUGAAAGUGCAAGAUGACUCGGAUGCUGUUGCUGCUGCUGCUGUGCAUGUGGUGUAUGUGAAGGGUGGGGUGGAAUGUAUAACACGUAGUAGUGCGCCUUUUGGCGUCAUCUGGUCCAACACCAUGUGAGACUAGGCUCUAAGGAAAGCUGUCUCGGGUAUGGACCAAUCAACUUCAAGGACAGUGCAUACAUCAGAGUUAUGUUUUUUGUUUGCAUUAUGACUGCAGGUAUUGUUGUCUUUGCAAACAUGACUCCUUGUAAAAAAAAAGUGUCAGUUUUGUUGCCAGAUAGAAGGGUAAAAAAACAUCAUUUUUUACUGACAAAUGAGGUUCCAAUGGCGUAGUAGGCUUUCAAGACCAAUAUCCAUAAGAGAGUAUUUUUUUGCAUUAGAUCACGUAAAUGUGUCGUUAAACCCGCCACCACCCGACACAUCCAAUUCGUGAGGUUUUGCCACGAAAAUAAAACGUGCCAAUUAGUUUGCGGGUUUUACGACGCAUUUAGAUGUACACGCUCUAACCCAAAAUAUACUCGAUUAUGGAUAUUGGGAGUAGAAUUCCGGGUGGCCACCCUGCCUGGCUGAACAGCGGCGCGAAGAUCGUUGUUGGCGUAAUCGCCGGUCAUCCUUGCUGUGCUCAUCGGUGAGGUCUGAACCAAAUUUUGGGAAAUUUUCGUCAGGAGCAAAGCGCGACUCGUACAACGAUCUUGAACGUUGAGCGAAGGCGUAAAACUCGUUGUUGGUUCUCAUCAGUGGGCCACUGGCUAAGUUGAGCUGUAAUAAGUAAUAUAAAAAAAACUUUUUUGAAGACACGCUUUAAUGAAAUGUACCGUACGAGUAAUGGCAGAACUCCACGACUCCAGGAAAUGUUCGCAAAGCUUGCCACAGCGUAAAGGGGCCGUGGUGAUUUACAGCCAACGUCAGUUGAGCGUGGACAAUUAGACCCAAGCCGAAACAUAACAAAGAAAAAUUAAUGUUUUUAAAAAACUGUUUUAAUUUUUUUUGAUGGAAUAUAGUAUUGUCAUCAGUAUGACAUAACUAUACCAAGUUUGCAGUCGAUGCCACAUUGGGAAGUGGGUUAAAAUUGAGUUACAAGAUUUGAGGAUACGGCAACAACAACAGAGUGAGUUCAUAGAAAGCGUGUAAAAAGAUCGUUUAAAAUUGUUAUUUUUUAUGAUAGAAUAUGCUAUUGUCAUCAGUAUGACAUAAGUAUACCAAAUUUGCAGUCGAUACCACAUUGGGAAGUGGGUUAAAAUUGAGUGACAAGAUUUGAGGAUACAACAACAACAACAGGCAGAGUGAGUUAAAUAAAAGCGUGUAAAAACGGCGAGCUUACUCAUUGGUGAUGAUCGGCGAAGGCGAGCUAUUGGCCGAUACACAUUGGUGUAGCAACUUGAGGGUCAGUGAUAAUUGUUUUUUACCCUUCUAUCUGGCAACAAAACUGACACCUUUUUUUACAAGGAGUCAUGUUUGCAUAGACCACAAUACCUGCAGUCAUAAUGCAAACAAAAAACAUAACUCUGAUAAUGUAUGCACUGUCCUUGAAGUUGAUUGGUCCACACCCGAGACAGCUUUCCUUAGAGCCUAGUGUUUUUUGUUUGCAUUAUGACUGCAGGUAUUGUGGUCUAUGCAAACAUGACUCCUUGUAAAAAAAGGUGUCAGUUUUGUUGCCAGAUAGAAGGGUAAAAAAACAAUUAUCAUAUUUUUUACUGGCAAAUGAGGUUCCAAUAGUGUAAACAACUUGAGGCUCGUUUAUUAAUGCUCAUCAGAAAGCCGUAACCACUGGUUUGGCAAGUAACUUGAGUGUAUUCUGGUUAGUGCCUUUCUUUAGAACUUAUUUUUGUGUUGAGUUUGUUGUCCUUCCCCACACCUCCGAUUAUAACGGUUGAUGAUGACGACGAUGAUGAUGAAGCUGAUGAUGAUGAAGCUGAUGAUAAGGAUGUUGAUGGAAGCAGCUGCCUGCAGUGGCACUUGGAAUGAGAUGGAAUGAGGCGCUGGCCUUUCUACGUUACAGGUGUGUUUAUGUUCGUGCCUGCGGCAUUAACAUAAUUAACGUGAUCAUAGUUACAAUUGUCAUCGUCUGUUGUCACGGCUACUUUUGAGUGUGCAUCUGAAUUGAGAUUAAACAAUUACUGCUGUCUCAACAAAGUCAUGCGGGUGAAAAGAAACUGCUGUUUUAAUUCCGAUUUCCUGUAUUCAUUAAUCUAAUAAUGACUCAUAAUUAUGCUUUGUUCAUUUUGUGGUCACGUCUCGUUUGGGACAAAAUAAGCAUUUAAUGUUGUCAUUCAAGUAAAAAUCGAAAGGACUGCGUUGAUUCGUGGUAGCGGUGUACUGAGCAAACGCACCACCACAAAUAAAAUAACUGUUCCUUAAAACUGAAA